GCCCCCUCCUAAUGGAGCGAACCAUUCCCAGUUAGUCGUCCUCGCCCUCUCCCUCUGCCUCUCUCUUCUGCUCUCCUUCUCCUCUCGUCUUCCCCCCCUCUCGUCUGCAAAGUCCUCCGCUGCUCGGAACUUGUUGGCAAUGCCUAUUUUUCAGCUUUCCCCCACGUUCUCCCAAGUAACUAUUUAAAGAUCUGCAGCCGCAAAUGGUUUUACUAAAUGUAGGAUGGGACUUAAGUUGAACGGCAGAUAUAUUUCGCUGGUCCUGGCUGUGCAGAUAGCGUACCUGGUGCAGGCGGUGAGAGCGGCCGGGCGGUGCGAUGCCGUCUUUAGGGACUUCUCCGAGUGUUUGCUGCGGCUGGGCGAUAACAUGGCCAGCUACCCCCAGGACCUGGACGACAAGAGAAACCUCCAAACGAUCUGCUCGUACUGGGAUGAUUUCCACUCCUGCACCCUCUCAGCGCUCACCGAUUGCCAGGAAGGAGCGAAAGACCUCUGGGAGAAACUGAGACGGGAAUCAAAAAACCUCGAUUUCCAAGGCAGCUUAUUUGAACUGUGCGGAGGGGGCAGCGGCGCUGCACCGUCCCUUCUCUCGCCGGCUUUGCCCCUGCUGCUGGCGGCUCUUUGGGCUGCCCUAGUGACCUGGCUGCCUUUUUAGGCUGGGGGAGGGGGGGAAGCGAGCACACCCACACCCCUCUCCAUGUGCUGGAUCUAUAGAGGAAGUUGUCCAUCCGUUGCUUUGGGGACGUUGUGCUUUUUCUGUGGUUGAUGAUGAUGAUGAUGAUGAUGAUGGUGGUGGCUGAUGAUGGUGAAACACCCAUGUAGGACUGUGGAAGCGUUCUCCCUUUUUUCUUAUUUUGUGUUUUAUUUGCCAAAUGUUACCAAACUAGGCAGCAGCACGCAGCCCGAAUCGGACCUCAGCUUUACUAUUGCUUUGAACAAAAAAAAAAGAAAAAAGAAAAAAAAAAACUAGGAAAAAAGAAAACAAUAAUAAUAAACCAACAAACUCGAGCCCUCAUCGUGCAAAAGCAAUCUCAGGAAUGGCUCUGGGCCACCUAAAGCUGGAAUCAGCCGGCGUACAUCCCGGCGAGCCACGGGCUCUCUUAAAAUUGUGGCAGAGUGCAAGGUGAGAAAAAUGCAGCCUAAAAUAACCACACACCCCCGAAAAAAGGCACUGGAUGAAUCCAAGGGAGAUGUCCACAUAUGAAGCAUCUGGUGAAUAAUUCACAAUAUCUCAUCUUUCCUCCACAGUCACUUGUUUUUUGGUCAUUCCACUGCAACAAAAAAAUAUAUAUAUAUAUAUGAAAAAAAAAUAUUAAAGAGUGUUUUCCCUCAAGGGGAAAAAAAAAGAGAGAGAAAGGGGAAGAAGGAAGGGAGGAAGG